AUGGCGCUGGCCAUCGCCGUGGCCGCGCUCAACAGAGAACGCGCCGGCGCCGGCGUUGGUGAGGCGGAGGAGCGGCGGGCGCGGGCGCUGGCGGCGGCGAUGGUGGCGUGGGCCGAGGGCCAGGCGGCGCAGCUGAUGACGACGCCGGCGACGGACGACGGGCGCGAGGUGGGGCGGCCGCCGCGGCACAACUUCUGCUUCAAGUGCGGCGCGGCCCUGCACUCGGCCGCCACCUUCUGCGCCGACUGCGGCGUCAAGCUCCCGCGCGAGGGCGACACCGAGG